CCUGCCUCCUUUUCUCUUUCUCGAUCCGGCUCUCCCUGUCAGCCGAGGGAGGCUGCGCUCGUGUCUCGGGGGCUGCGCGGAGCAGAACGGAGCGGCGGUAGCCAUGCUCAGCUAGAGCAGCGGCCUGGGGGAGAGACAGCCAGUGAGAGACAGGGAGCAAGAGAGAGAGAGAGAGAGAGAGAGGAUCCAGAACACCACCUCCCUUGCUGCCUGUUCGGCAGGGCUGAUGGAGGCACCGGUCGGGGAGCGGGAGCCAGUGGGGAACGAGUCCCUGCUGCCGCCGCCCACCCUGAGCCCGGCAGUGCCCCCCUACGUGAAGCUGGGCCUGACCGUCGCCUACACCGUCUUCUACUCCUUGCUCUUCGUCUUCGUCUACGUCCAGCUCUGGCUCAUCCUGCACUACCGGCACAAGCGCUUCAGCUACCAGACCGUCUUCCUCUUCCUCUGCCUGCUGUGGGCCGCGCUGCGGGCCGUGCUCUUCUCCUUCUACUUCAGGAACUUCGUGACGGCCAACUCGCUGGGGCCCUUCACCUUCUGGCUGCUCUACUGCUUCCCCGUCUGCCUGCAGUUCUUCACGCUCAGCCUGAUGAACCUCUACUUCGCCCAGGUUGUAUUCAAGGCAAAGUCCAAGUAUGCACCAGAACUUCUCAAGUACAGGAUGCCUUUGUACCUGCUUUUCCUGUGCAUCAGCCUGGUGUUCCUAGUGGUGAACCUGACAUGUGCUCUGUUGGUGAAAAUGACCAGCACAGAGGCCAAGACCAUUGUCCUGGUGCGAGUGGCCAUCAAUGACACUCUCUUCGUACUCUGUGCUGUCUCCCUGUCCCUGUGCCUCUACAAGAUUGCCAAGAUGUCCUUAGCCAACAUCUAUUUGGAGUCCAAGGGAACAUCAGUGUGUCAGGUGACUAUGAUAGGGGCCACAGUGAUCCUCUUGUACACUUCACGGGCCUGCUACAACCUGGUAGUCCUGGCCCUCACCAACAUCAAGAGCAUUAACUCUUUCGACUAUGACUGGUACAACGUGUCAGACCAGGCUGAUUUGCGGUCCACUCUGGGGGAUGCUGGGUACGUGGUGUUUGGGGUGAUCCUCUUUGUGUGGGAGCUGCUCCCCACCUCCUUGGUGGUCUUCUUCUUCAGAGUCCGCCGGCCAACGCAGGACAGGAGCAGCACAGGGAUUCCUAGCCACGUCUUCUCCUCCAGGGGUUACUUCUUCGAUAACCCCCGCCGCUAUGACAGUGACGACGACCUGGCGUGGAACAUCAUCCCUCAGAAUGUCCAGGCCAGCCUGACUGCGGACUGCUAUGACUGGGGCAGUCGAAGCAGCAGCUUCGUGGCCUACAUAGGAAGCGAGGAGCCCCACCCUACAACAGGACCAGAGGAGCUCAACCCCUACUGACACCCCUCCUUCUGCCCCGCUCUUUUGCACAAGCCUGCCUCUCGGGUCUCCAGCUGGGGGCAGGCACCGUGCCGCUGACACCUGGGACACCUCGACCGCUUACUUUCAGGC